AUACUAAGAAUAUCACAGUAGAUCAAUAUUGUGAUAAUAUUGAUUCACUUGUGGAGUCAGCGGCCUCAGCGAAUCCUGUACUCUAAUUCUACCUCACCUGUUUUGUAAACAGUUUCUCUUUCAUUUUCAGAAAAAUCAGCAGGAUGAGCUUAUGAAGUGUCAAGUUGAACCAUCAUUGCAGAAUGAAGUGGACAGCCAGGUGAGAAGAAUGUCUCCUGUAUGGCUCAACAUGUUAUCAAUAAAAAGAAAAUAUCAAUGAAAAAUUCUCUUCCAGCUGGAGUCUCUAAAGUCCUCCAUCACUGAUACUCAGAAUAGCACAGUAGAUGAAUAUUGUGAUUAUAUUGAUUCACUUGUGGAGUCAUCAGCCGCAUGCAUUGAUGGGAAGGAGGAUUAUUUCUCACAUUUUCAACCUGAUGCUGAUAAAUUAGAAUUGGAAAUAGUGAGAGCACUUGUAUCUAUUGGUUAUGAAUAUGGAUUGAUCCAAGCUAUCCUUGCAUUGUGUUUUCCUUUUAAAAAGCAACAUAAUACAGCUUACCAUCAACCCGAUCCCAAAAAUUUCUUCUUAUAUUUCCCAUCUUUGAAACCAUACAUAAUACAGGAGGAAAUCAGUGAUUUUUUGAAUAUUUACUUCAAUAACGAGGAUGUUGUUCACAUUUAUACCGUUACAUUACUCCAACAUACAGAUGAUGAACGACCGCCAAAAAAUAUUCAGGCAUAUGUGAGAUUCAAAAAAACCUUUGUAAAUCAGCAAGGAGAAGAAGUUGGCACCAAGGCUACCCUGAAUCAAAUAAUAAAUGAAAUACGGGACAACGCAACCACUCCAGUGUCACCUGCAGCCAAAAAAAUAUUCAUGGACAUGUGUGAUUGUGUGCCAUCUAUGAUCCAGUGAAGGAUGAAAACAUCUUUAAAUUCAGCAGCUUGUUCACUCCUUGCCGCAUGUUGCCCUUGGUCAAUCCCCAGUCCACCUCCAGAACCAAAAACUAUAAUUGAAGCUGCACUUGAAGUCAAACAAUUCAUUGAAAAAGAGUACCCGGACAGACAGCACCGAGAAAUUGCGGAUAAAGUUAAUCUUAAAUGGGCCUGCUUAGCUGCGAAGGUUGAAACCAACCUAAAAAUUGAUAUAAAAACUCUGCAAUAUAAGCUUAAUGUGUGUCGAGUUAAACUAUCAUUGAGGCGCAAAGUGAAUGACAAGUUGGAAAGCAUGUCUCCUGAAUGGCUCAACACCAUACGUAUAAAACCCAGGUAUCAAUGGAAAAUUCUCUUCCAGCUGGAAUCUGAUGCAACGGAGCGUCUGAAAUCUGUCAUCACCGAUACAAUGAACAUCACAGUAGAUCAAUUUUGCGAUGAUAUGGAAGAAGUUGUGGAGUCAGCUGCUGUAACCAUACGUCGGGAGGAGAAUUUCCCACAAUUUGAAUCUGAAGCUGAAAUGGUGGAAGUACUUGAAUCUAUCGGUCUUGCAGAUGGAACUAUCCAAGAAAGUAUCCUUGCGUUGUGUUUUCAUUUUGAAAAGCAACGUAUUAACACGGCUUACUGCCAAUCCGAUUACAAAUAUUACUUCUUAUAUUUCUGGUCUUUAAAAUCACACACCACACAGGAUGAAAUUUGUGAUUUUUUGAAUAUCUACUUCAAUAACAAGUACAUUGUUCACAUUCAAAACAUUACGUUAAUUCAAAGUGGAAAUGAAGAAGAAGGACCACAGGAAAAUAUUCAGGCAUGUGUGAGAUUCAAAAAAACUUUUGUAAAUCAGCAAGGAGAAGAAGUUGACAUGAAGGCUACCCUGCGACAAAUAGUAAACGAAAUACAGGACAAAGCAACCACUCCAGUAUCACCAGCCAAAAAACCAUUCAUGGACAAAUGUGAUGAUGCACCAUCGAUCUGUGAAGGAUGAAAACAUCUUUAAAUUCGAUUGAUCUCGGUCAGAUGAUCAGAUGAGGAAUGACCAGUUUGACCAGCAGAUCGUAAAUUUCCUCAGAAACUCGUAUUUGUCCUAUAAUGUGAACUUAUCUACAAUAAUCGCAGUCGAUAAUUGGUCAAUAGUUGCAAUAUUGUGGUUUAAUAAAAAUAAUCAAUUAAUCAGUACCUUUGUAUGCAUAAAUAAUUAAACAUGAUUUAGCUAUUGUAAUCCUCUGAUCUGUAAAUAUAAUAAUCGUCAAUUGAAGAACUUUCCAAGAAUUUUAAAUACUCUGAAUAAUGUACCUAUCCUUAAG